AUGGCUUUUCUCCGCACUGCUCGCAGGUCCUUUACCUGGUUAGCGGCCCUUGUGUUACUACUCGGCCUCGGCCUCAAUCUGUUUGUUCGCCGGGGAGAGCCCGUAACGGCUCGCCUCUCCUCCGGUAGCAUCAUCACCGGACGCUCGCGCUCCGGUGUGGAAACCUUCAACGGCAUCCCUUAUGCGUACCCGCCAACAGGCGCGCUUCGCCUGCGCCCGCCCCAAAGGCUGCCAGACAACCAUCUCACCAACAUUGACGCGACAGGGACAGCUCCAAAGUGCCCCCAAUUUCCCAGCACGGCUGUUGAUCAGUACAUCAUCAGCAAAUUCGGGAGCCAUCUGAUGAAGUUCCCCUUCUUCAAGAAUGUGGUAGGACAGGAGGACUGCUUGACAGUGUCUGUGCAGCGUCCUGCGAAUAUCAGCUCCGACGCGAACCUGCCUGUGCUAUUCUGGAUUCAUGGAGGUGGAUUCGAGCUGGGAUCGACAAGUACCUAUGACGGCUCUUCAUUCAUCAAGGCCGGUGUCGACAACAACCAGCCCUUUGUGUUUGUCGCCGUCGGCUACCGCCUAAACGGAUUCGGGUUCAUGGCUGGAAAGGAAAUGCUCCAAAACGGCAGUGCUAACAUCGGCCUGUUGGACCAGCGCAUGGCUCUGCAAUGGGUUGCCGACAACAUCGCCGACUUUGGCGGCGACCCGGACAAGGUGACUCUGUGGGGAGAAUCUGCCGGCGCCUUCUCUGUUGUCUACCAAUCGUACCUCUUUGACGGCGACGCAACAUACAAGGGCAAGCCCCUGUUCCGCGGAGGCAUCGCCAACUCUGGCGCUGGUAUCCCCGCGGCUCGAAUUGAUGCUCCCAAGCCGCAAGCCACCUACAACAAAGUUGUGGCACAAGCUGGCUGUGACGGCUCCAAAGACACCCUGGCCUGUCUCCGUUCAGUAGACUUUGCAACAUAUUACGGGGCGGUGACCAACAACUUCCCGAGUCUCUUUUCCUACUACGGAACCCAGAUGAUCUACACACCACGUGUAGAUGGUACAGUCCUGCGGGAAAGCCCAGAGAAGAUUGCCGAGAGUGGCAGGUAUCACGCCGUGCCUUUAAUCACCGGGAACCAAGAGGAUGAGGGCACUCUCUUCUCAUUGCUCCAGCGGAGCGUCAAGUCGGAUGACGAUCUCGCGCGCUACUUUGCCGACGUCUACUUUGCCGACGCGCCGGCGGAAAAGGUCGCUGCAUGGGCUGGCACGUACUCUACAACGAACACAACCAGUCCGUUUGCGACGUCGGCGUACAAGCCCUACUCCAUGUUUGGUCAUGUCGCUGCCAUGAUCGGAGACCACACAUUUACGUUGGCUCGCCGCCGGUUCCUGCAAUCCGCCACCGCCACUCACCCAGACGUGCCGGUGUGGUCGUACUUGUCAUCGUAUUCAAGUUGGCUGCCAGUUCUGGGGACGUUCCACGCCAGUGACAUACUUCAAGUAUUUAUCGGCUGGCCUGCAAACUAUGCUUCCAGAAGCACGCGAAAGUAUUACUUCAACUUUCUCUACAAUCUAGACCCCAACGGAGACGACGAAUAUGAGCAUUGGCCACGUUGGGCGGAAGAUCACACCUUGCUUUGGUUUGAAACGUCGUCCAAAAAUAGCUAUCUCAAAGAUGACUUCCGGAGCGAGCAGUUCCACGCUCUACUGACGCUUGGAGAAAAAAGCCACGAGUAA